GCCAGUGAGGGUGUGCAGAUGUGGUCCCUUUUUUCCGCGCGCGCUGCUUUUCCUCCUCCCCUUUAAGCGGAGUUGGGCAUUGCUUCUUUUUUGUCCUCCGUCCGGCAGCGUCUGUGGUAGGGCCUGAGGGGGCGGCGGCGGCGGCCAAGGCUAAUUCUGACUGACUGAGCGAGCGAGCGGUGUAGGCCGCCGCGGCGGUUGUGGGUGUUGCGGUCGCGGAGAGCGUGAGGGGAGGAAGGGAAGAAGGAUGUCCGGGGGCUGGGGCCGGGAUAUGAUGGACUACGGCGGCGGGGCCGGGAUGUCCGGAGGCGGCCGGGGUAGCGGCAGUGGCCCGGGCGACGGCCGCAUCUACGUGGGGAACCUGCCGGCCGACGUGCGCGAGAAGGACUUGGAGGAGCUCUUCUACAAGUACGGCCGCAUCCGCGACAUCGAGCUGAAGAGCAAGCGCGGCCUCGUGCCCUUCGCCUUCGUGCGCUUCGAGGACCCGCGAGAUGCAGAAGAUGCAGUUUAUGGAAGGAAUGGUUAUGAUUAUGGCCAGUGUCGCCUGCGUGUUGAGUUUCCCAAACCUUCCAGAGGUCGGGGUGGAGGCUUUGGUGGGGGGCCUCGUGGGAGGAAUGGCCCCCCUUCACGGCGUUCUGAAUUUCGAGUCCUUGUUUCAGGGCUUCCUCCAUCAGGCAGCUGGCAGGACCUGAAGGAUCAUAUGCGUGAAGCUGGUGAUGUAUGUUAUGCAGAUGUACAGAAAGAUGGAAUGGGGGUGGUUGAGUUUCUUCGCAAGGAAGACAUGGAAUACGCACUGCGUAAACUGGAUGACACCAAAUUCCGAUCUCAUGAGGGUGAAACAUCCUAUAUCAGAGUUUGUCCUGAAAGAAGCAUCAGCUAUGGCUACUCGCGCUCCCGUUCUGGUUCAAGGAGUCGCGAUUCUCCAUACCAAAGCAGGGGAUCUCCACGCUACUCUUCUCCCUUCAGGCCAUUCUGAUUGCACCCAACAGGGACUUCUAAAAAUGUGAACUGAGCUCUUUAUUUCUGCUCAGAGUUUACAUUCCAAAAUGGAUGGAUAUAGUCUUUCGUAGGAAGCCUUGUUUUUUUUUUCCUUUCUAUUCAAUAAAAUCUUUUUUUAUUACUUAAAAGUUUUUACUAGGGAAGUGUUGGUAAUGAAAUACUAUAAACCAUUGCCACUUAAAACGUUUUGUUUGGAUAAUGUAAAUUGUUUUUGUUUCUCCUUCUCAAUGAGGGGAAAUCAGCUUGAGAACUAGUAUGUACGCGUUAAUGGUUUGUCUGCUGGAUGGCGCUUUAAAGCAGUGGAGCAACCUGUAUGGCUCAGCCUGUUGUGUUUUGAAAUAUACUUCACGUGUUUCUGUAACUCACAA